AAUAUUUGUCAUUCGUCAACCACAAUCAGCAGCGAAAUGUGUACCACAUUUUGGUUUUGCUUUUACGCGUCCCUAAUCUCGGUCAUAGCCUACUCGAUCAACCGAAAUGUAGAUUUUCCGAAAAACAAUUGCGAUUUGUAUUUUACAUAUGGAAUUAUGCACUUGGGUACAACCUUCAUAGGAAUUUUUACGGCCCACAGGACCGACCUCAAUGAAUUCUACUGGGAGGCAACCUUCACGGCUCACGGCGCUAACGUGGAUCAAGUUGAUAAUCUCUAUCCGUAUCCCACCGAAGAAGAGUUUUAUGACAAAGUCAGAAAACGAGAACCAGCUCAGAUGUACGUGACCUUUGGGAACAUUACGAACGAGUUGCCCAUGCUGACUGGUCUUAAGCUCAAUGGAGAUACGCUGUGCAAAAACCAGAAGUAUCCACCACCCUCCACCACAACCCGCGUUGCCCGCAGAGUGACUGCCGAUCAAAUACGUACAGGGUGGACAUUUAGGAAAAAUAAUUAAGUGCAGAUAACUUAAAUAAAAUCACAUUUUUGUCGCUGCGUAUAAUUCCCUGUCCGACACAAAAAUAAAUACUUCGAGAAUAUAACUUUGGAUACGUAUAGACUAGGAA